UCGGCAGCCUCGCAGUUAGCACCGAGCAGCCAUCAAGCUUACUUGGGGCCGUCUAAACACGUCGGUGUUUACAUAUACCGCGGUGGUAUGAUGGCCGUCCGCGUGUUUAUUAACCCCGUUAUUAUUCUACACCACGAUCACCCGCUGCUGCUGCUCCUCGAUCACUCUACGCGGCCGCCACGCGGUGGUGCAGUUUUUAGGCGCUGCGCGCUCCAUGCUCGCGUGUAAAAAAACACACACGACACGCACGCACGCACGCACACACACUCGACACACACGCAAACACGUACAUACAUACAUACGCUCACCCACCCACAUUUUGUAUAUAUAUAUAUAUAUAUAUUCAAACGUAUAUACCAUAUAUACAUACACGAAACGCAACGACAUACACCCACCCACGUAUCACAUGUACAUGUAUGUAUAUACAGUUGGACGUGUGUGUAUACAAGUCUCGUGUGUAUAUAAUAUGUAAUAGUAUAUUACAUGUAUACAUGCACACGUGUGCAGUGCGCGUACACGCUCGUUGAGUAAACUGGAUUUAACGCGGCAGUUGCACUGAUAAUAAUCGUUACAAUAACAAUAAUAAUAAUAAUAACGACAACAACAACAACAACAACAACAACAAUAACAAUCAAGUUGACAAGUUUCUUAAUGAAUUUCUAACGGUCGGUUUUUAUUUUCUUUUCUUUCCUCGUUCUUUAUUCUUCCCAUAUCUCUAUCUCUCCUCGACGUCGUGGUCGUUGUUGUUGUUGAUGACCCCCCCCCCCAUCGUGCAUCGUCUGUCUACCGACCUGUUUUAACACUGUGAAUAAUUAAUUAUUCUGUGCCCGCGUGUGCCUGUGUGUCAUCGUCAUCGUUUCACCAUCAUCAUCAUCUUCGUCGACGUCUCUUGUACAACGUAGUUUUGUUUUUGACAGAGAAAAAUGAAUAAUUAAUAAAAGUAAGAAGGAAAUUCGUCGUCGAACGAGUUUUGUGAACGAAAAGAAAAACAAAUGCAGAAAGGACGUGGGAGGAGAAUAGUUGUGACCAAUAAGUUUUUCGUUACUUUUAAUUUAAAUUCUUUCGUUUUUUCCCGUUAAUCAUACCAUAAAAAUGCGCGUAUGUGAUUUUACGCUAAUAACGUCGUCACGGUGUGAAGUGUGAAGAAGAAGAAGCAAAAGAAGAAGAGGAAGAUAACGAGAGGAAGAAGGAUAUUGAUUCGAUACAUGUACAAGAAUUGGCGCAUUAAUACAAAGUGUGUGGUGAUCCUGUUUUGUUUCGUUUUGUUUUGUUUAUUUCGGUUUAUUAUCCCUCGGAGAGCAGUGGUGUCGGUUAAUAAUCGUGCUCCUGCCGUCGCCUAUUCUCUAUUCACGGGGAAAUAAGGAAGCAGAGGCGGGCAUUGAGUUCGGCGAAACGUCGAGACAAAGCCGGACUCUCGCCUCCUGAAGCCGACGCCGCGGACGCCGACGCCGAUAACGAGAGGACGGGAUAAAGGACAAUCGGAGAUCGGCCGAUCGGAGGCUCGAGCUAAUCGUAAGCCGAGCGCAAUAAUGCCGCACGUCAGCAGCAGCGGCGGUGGCGAUGAUCUCGGAAGCAAGGACGAGGUCAAAAUUUUCAAGGAUGAGGGCGAGGACGAGAAACGAUCCUCGGAGAACCUCACCGAGGAGAAGAGCUCCCUUAUCGACCUCACAGAGUCUGAGGAAAAAGGAUCACUCUCCGGAGGCAGCUACUCGACGGGAAAGACGACGGCCAGGUCGGACCUCAGCCCCGUUUACGGAAAGGUGGACCCUACUCCUCAUACCUCAUCGUUCAACAUGGGCUACCUCGUAUCACCGUACUCUUACCCAAACGGCGCUGGAGGACACAUCCCCGUCUCUAUGGCGAGCAAGAUGGGCCUGGCCGGCACUCACCCGAGUGGUCUACCCUUCUUUUGCCCGAACGGUGAUCACCUGUCUCAGCCACCCCCGGCGCACAUGGGAAUUCCACCCUAUGGCACGCUGGACGUGAGCAAAGCGGCCGCGGCCGGUGAGUAUUGGCCACCACACGGCCCAUCCACACACCCCACGCACUGGAAACGACUCCUUGCCGCAGCAGCCUCCACAGGUCUGGCAAGGGCGCCGAUAUACCCCUUUCCGACUGGCCAAUACUCGUACCCGAUGCUCAGCCCGGAAAUGACGCAAGUCGCCGCAUCCUGGCACACCCCGAGCAUGUAUCCCAUAUCUCCUGCCAGCGCUGGAUUUCGGAGUCCCUAUCCAACGGGAUUACCAAUCACCAGUUCAAGCUUACCAAGCGAGCUGUACAGAUUUUCACCAACCGGCCUCAUGCCUCCACAUCCUGGACUCAGUCCGCACGCACACGCGUUGGCCUCACAUCCGCUGGUCUCUUCUGCCCCGAAGCCGGACCAUUCUACCUUGGAUCACAAUCACAGGUCUACGAUAGAUCAGAAAAAUUCUACGUCGUUAGCAACAGAUAACACAAAAAAUCAAGACACGGGUCAACAGAAUAAUCAAGAUAAAAAGAAACCCCAUAUAAAAAAACCACUCAACGCGUUCAUGCUCUACAUGAAGGAGAUGAGGGCGAAGGUUGUAGCCGAGUGUACGUUAAAGGAGAGCGCUGCUAUUAAUCAAAUAUUGGGAAGACGAUGGCACUCGCUAAGUCGGGAGGAGCAGGCGAGGUAUUAUGAGGCUGCCAGACAGGAGCGCCAUCUUCACCAACAGCGCUACCCUGGCUGGAGCGCGAGGGAUAACUACGGAUAUGGAAGCAAGAAGAAGAAGAGGAAGAAAGAGCGCUCCGCAGAUCCCACCGGAGGUAAUAACAUGAAGAAAUGUCGUGCCAGGUACGGACUAGACCAACAAAGUCAAUGGUGUAAACCUUGCAGACGUAAGAAGAAAUGUAUCAGGUAUAUGGGGGAGGGAGGAGAUGGCGAUGGCGACGGUGACGGAGAUGGGGACGGAGAUGACGAUCAUUCGGAGGACAACCUGGGCAGCGUAGGGGAAGCGGGCACUCCUGAAGAAGAUGAGUCGCUGAGCAGUCCCGGAGGACUUUCGGCUCUUUCUAGUCUGGCCAGCCCGUCGCUGGUAUUGCCUUCGCCUUCGAGCUUAGCCAGCCCGUGUCCGUGUCCCUUAACGCCUCCGGUGCCUCCUCCGCCUCUGCCCCAGAUUCAAGCUCAGCCAGCGCCUCCUCAUCGGAACCCGGUUGGCACCAAUCCCCAUGACAUCAACAAUCCGCUCAGUGUGAACCAACUGACAGGACAGUGUAUAAAAAGUGAUGUGGGACCUGCCCCCUCGGGCCCAUCUAAUCCUGCUAUCAGUGUCACGUAGCCCUGGGCAGCCCCAAGUGACAAAACUAUAAUAUUCGGUGUCAUCGGGGUUCAACUACGUUUAAGUUCAGAAAGGCUGGAUAAUCGUAACGUUUGAAACUAGCUUGUUUUUUUCCUUAAAACACUUACGAUUUCUUUGCUUCCCGCGUACCUUCUUGCUUUUGCUAAUGGUCAAAGAGAUGGAUUGGAAAAGCAUGAAUAAGUCGAAAAAAUGAAGUCAUUUGACGAACCAGUUUAAAAAUAAUGCAUUGAAAAUAUUCUUUUCAUUCGGGCGGCGCAAUAAUGUGUUGAUUUUGCAAAAAUUCAAUUUACAAGGAAGAGAGGAGGUGGUCUUAACAUUUACGCCACCGCUUGGCCAGUAUACCGUGUACUGGCUAAGCUAUAGUCAAAUAAAUAUAAACGUCGGUUAUUUGAAUAUACAUUAAAAUCACUGGCAGUCUAAAAAUUAUAUUGAACUUCUGGUAUGCUAGAAAUGAAAAAGUACUAAUCGAUCCAGUCCGUCUUUCCUUUCAGCCUCUGAAUUAGUAAAUUUCACUUCUUGUUUGUUGCAAAAUUUCGUCUGUAAAAUAUUUCGUUUCUACUCAGCUCUGACUUCACUUUUACCCAAUUUUUUUGAACAUUUCAAAGUAAAUGAAUAGUAAGUUGGAAAAAAACAUGAUGACGAAUAAUUAUUUGGAAAUAUGUGUCCAAUAUAGUUUUGAAACACUUAUAAUUAUCCAGCCUUUUGCAAAUAUCCACUUGUAAAGACAGUGUCUGAACAACCAAACACACACAUAUGAACAAUGUAAUGAUGAAAAUGAUGCAGAAAUACUCAGGACCAAGUGUCUGGCUGUAGUUAAUCGCUCGAUAUUCAACUGCAUUGAUGAUGAAAGACUUGAAGUGUAGUGUGAAGUGCGUAUACUGCAGCUCGUAGUCCUUGUUACGUUGUGAUGCCAAUGACUGACAUGUCAUGUUCCUGUGCCAGGUACUAUAUUCUAUAAAUAAUUAUAUCACAAGAGAAAACACAUAGAUAAAAGAAGAAAAUAAUUAAUUAAUUAAGUAAAUAGCGUUUAUCAUUCAUUUAUUCAACGUCAUUGUGUCAAAAUAUCUAUCUUCUGUAUGUAAUUUGUUAUUUUUUUAAAAGUCUAUACAAUUGAUUAAUUAGCAUAAGAUCUUUUUAGUGCGAAGUCGUUAAUUUAAGGCUGUUUUUAGAAUAUCAAUCACCCCCUUUCUUACCAUCUCCCAUCCCCCUUCAACUUGACGAUAAUAGCUAUAUAAUUGGCAGAUGUCUUACCAAUGUUGUGAGUAUUUUUUUUUUUUUUUAAUUUCUCUCUGUCUCUCUCUCUCUCUGGGUUUUGUCAAAUUUACCCGUUUUGUUCACCAAAUCUAUCCGUGGAUCUCCGUAGCAUAAUAUUAUGGGCCAUACUUAGAUGAAUAUUGACAAUUUAUCUAACCAAUCGGUGAUUUUUUGUAUUAAUUCAGAACUUCUUUUCAUUCUAAUUCUUAAUAGAAUCAUCUGAUGAUACAGUAAUUAUUCCGCUUUUUGCUAGCUUUGCGAUACAAGGUCUCGGCUGUUUUCAAAUAAUACGAAACUUUCCUAAACGAAAAUUGUGAGAUUGUCUUGAAUUAUCAACAAAUGUACCUCUUUCGUUCGUAAUGUUUCGUUAUUUAAAGAUUUCAUCUGUAUUGAAGAUUUGGAAAGUCACUUCUGUAACGUUUCUUUUCUAUCUUUUAUUUUCUUUAAACUUUUUUAUUCCCUCAAGUGUCGCUGACAUUGUACAAGGGUAAGAGGGAUUUUUUGUUUUUUUAUCUUCAUCCGGCAGAGCAAUGAACAUUUCUCACAUACAGAGGUGUCAGGGAGAUAUUUUCUUUUUUACCGAAAGAUUGGAGAUCCAAACAUUUCAUCUUGGGAUUCUCAAGGCCUUUACAUUCUUACACGAAAGAUAAUACAAGAAAUAUUUUAUGAUAUCAACGAUACACUCUACCAUAUUUUUUUGAUUUAAUUUCAAACGAGUUCGAAGAGGAAAAAAAAAUUUGUUUUCAACAAUUAUUAACGAAAUACAUUGUAAGAUGAUUUUAUGUUAUGAUGUUUAGAAUAUAUUUUAAACGUUCGAUUUAUUUGGUAUAGUACUUUAUUUAUAGAUUGUGUGGAGCUUGAAUGAAAGUUAUAAAAUUAUUACAUCAUUGUUACACGUACAAUCAUGUAAAAACGUUCAGUUCCAGAUUUUCAAUAACUUUAUACAUACGUUAGUAGUUUUUAAAUCUUAAAAUUUCAGUUCUAGGUCUUAUGCAAAUUUAUAUAUACAGUUACAUUAUAUAUCUCUGACACCUUGAUCCGCAUCGUCCGUGAAAUAUUAUUCUGUUUCGUUCUUCUUGAUAGAAUUUUAAUGACAGUUUGUACAUUAUAAAUGUUAAAUUUGAAUUCUUUUAAGAGUGCAAUAAGUAAUUAUUAUUUACCUAUACAGUACUGAUAGAGCUCGUACGAAUUUCGACCAAUGAAAGGGUUGCUCCACCGAUCAUCUUCCACCAAUCAUAUGACGCAUUCUUAUGUUUUUCAAUUUUACUCUUCUGAAGUACUAACAUCGAGAAAAUGUUUUUCUGUUGAUUGUAUGUCGACUAUUUAGACCAUUUCCUUCAUCUUGUUGAUUAAUCUUCUCCGUUUUAUUCUUCAUAACCAAAUCAUGGCCGUAUUUAUCAUUUGCUGCAUUUAUAUCCCUGGGUCUACAUAUGUACUACUGAAGAUGAAGUAUUGUACUUUUUCAUGUUUGUAGCUCAGGAAAAACCUUUCACAUUUGUUAAUUAUUAAUAAUCUUACAAUAAACAGUUUUUUCUUUGUAUUUCAAAUUUGUGUUACAAAGCAAAAACAUGUUCCAUACUUCAUUUCGCGAGCCUCUACUGUACUGUAGUAUAUGAAGGAAAAGAAAAGAAAACCCAAGGUUAAAUAUAUUUAAAAAAUAAUAGCCUCCUUUAAUAAAAAUUCGUUACGUAAUCAUUAAUCGUUGAUUUUUUUUUUUUUGCACAGUUUUUGGUGCAACUUGAAUUUUUUCCCAUCACCGCGAAUGUGAAAAGAAUAAAAGGAGGGGAGCAAAAAGUGAACAGAAUGCAAUAGAGAUUUUACACAAUUGUUUGAGUGAAUAUCUAUGUUUAUACAAAUAGCUGCUUGUGUACAUACAUACAUGAUAUAUAUUUUAAGGUGCAUUUAUUGUCAAGAUGGGAAAGUGCAAUGGAGGAAUUAUUAAGUAAAAAAAAGAGGGACGAAAAACUUGUAUAUCACACUGUACACAAUAGAAAACGAUUCAUAGAUGUAUCUAAGCUAACGAACGAAACAAAAAAAAAAAACUCGUGGAAAUUCUUGACUGAAUCCAAUGUUUGUAAUAAUGAUUAACAUGUAUACGUUGCUGCGAGACCACGUAAACAUCGAGAAUAAUAUUCUAAACGUGCCAUAAGAACAUCAUGCCAACAUUAUAUAUGAAUAAUAGAUAUUUUUACAAUAAUUAUUUUGAUCCAAUGGCAUCAUCUGUCGGCCGCUGCCGUAUGUAUUCUUGAGGUGUGCAAUUUUCUGAGCUUUUGUUACAAAAAUAAAAUAGUAAUAGCAAUAAAAAUAAGUAAAUCCUAACAAUA